AUGAGUGACGAGAAUUUUGACACUACCUUUGACAUGGACGACCCUGAAAUGCUAUAUAACCCCUAUCCUACCGAGUUUCGUGCAGAACGUGACGCUACGACGAGAGACGUCUACGAGCGAGAGAUGGACGAUGCACCGAUCACGGACAAGAGUAGUACGCCACCGAGAGUAUCAGAAGCAUCGAGAGAUAUGCAAUACCCAAAUCUACAAGUUACCCAGAACAUGAUCCAGCCCAAGAAGAUGAGGCGCAUCAAGAGCAGUGAUAUAGAUUGCGCACAUGUACUGCGUAAAGUCUUCGGCAAGGAUAGUUUCAAGGGAAAACAAAAAGAGGUUAUGGAAGCUGCGGUUCAGGGAGCAGAUAUACUGGUUGUAGCGCCCACUGGGAUGGGCAAGAGCAUGUGCUUUCAAGUGCCUGCUGUCGCCGAAAAGUAUGGAGUUACCCUCGUAGUCUCGCCUCUACUCUCUCUCAUGAAAGAUCAGGUUGCUAAACUCUACUUACUCAAAAUACCUGUUCGUGCAUUCACCUCGGAAACAGUAGCGGAGGAACGCGAAGAGAUAGUCAGAGAUUUAGCAUCAGGUCACCCUCGAACACGCCUUCUCUACAUUACACCAGAGAAACUGUGUUCAUCCGAGACGCAUCGACUCAUUGCAAAGCUUCAUGAUCAAGGACAACUCAAUCGACUCGCACACUGCAUUUCCGAAUGGGGGACAGACUUUCGCCAAGAUUAUAGAAAGUUGGGCACCUUUCGGGACAGGUUUCCUACCGUGCCAAUCAUGGCCCUCACUGCGAGUGCGACUCCAAUCGUACAAGAAGACAUCGUCUCCAGCCUGAAGAUGUCCAGGGACCACUUCUUCAAAGUCGUGCACCCUUUCAACCGUCCGAAUCUGUUCUACGAGAUUCAGUACAUAGCACCUUCCACUAAUAUUGCACAAGCCGUAGCCGAGUACAUCAACAAACUUCAUAAACGUCGUGGAUGCCCAAGUACUGGCAUCGUGUACUGCCGUACUAAGGCAGGCUGCGAUGAGAUUUCACACUUCUUGCGAGGUCAAGGCAUUGGGGCGAAGCCUUACCAUCGAGGGCUCUCGCCAAAGGUUCUUGAAAAGACUCUUCACGAAUGGGAGUCAGAGGGUAGCGGCGUGGACGUUGUAUGCGCAACCGUCGCUUUUGGGAUGGGGAUUGAUAAGAGUGACGUUCGAUACGUAAUUCAUGCCGACUUACCAAAGUCCUUUGAAGGAUACUACCAGGAAACAGGUAGAGCUGGUCGCGAUGGAGAGGCUUCCAAGUGCAUCUUGUUCUACUCUCGUGAAGAUGCAUUCAAGGUGUCGAACCUUGUCGCAAAGUCAUCGAACCGUAAUGGUGAAGAUAAGGCACCAUCCUUUGGCAAGAAUGUCGCCAAACAUGCACAGGAGAGCCUGGCAGCUCUCAUCAAGUUUGCCGAAUCUACAACUACAUGCAGACACGUCUCCAUUUGUCGCUUCUUCGGUGAAGUAAUAGAUACAAGUGACGUGGCCGUAGCCAAAGCCUAUUGUGAUGAAUUCUGCGACAUCUGCAAGUCCCCUGAGAAGACACGAGAACGCAAAAAGGCAUUAUCAAGUGACGAGUAUGUCAGUACCCAACGAACAAGACUCGAGGAAGAAGCUGGAGAGCUGGAAAACGAACAACCUUUUGAGCCUCCACCGCGGAUCGCUACCAACAUGAACUUGCCUGGAUUCCGCAAAGCGAGUGACAUCUCCCGUCCUCCUUCGCACAAGAGUAGUACUGCUUCUGGUAUUCAAUAUGGCACGAACAACCCGCAAGGAAGUCUUCCCCGGCUAGGUGGAAUGAACGGCGCCGCUAACAAGGUUCCUGGUGCAAUGCAUGUCAAGCGGGCUUUCAAGCCCCCUACUUUCAAAGUACCGGCUUUGCCAGCUGCGGUCGUUGAAGACAACUCUGUACCGGAGGAGGACCUGGGAGGGGGCGAAUCUCCUCUAUUCAUACCCACAUCACCAGUAGAAGAAAUGAGAAAUGCAGAGAAACAUUCAGUCGAGCCCAGCUCAGAAGAAGAAGCUCCAUUGAAUGGUAAAAGGAGGUUCAUUCGUGGUGCACUGGUUCCGUCCUCUUCAUCUUCGAGUGACGACGAGCCGCAAGUCAUCGAAGAAAAGAGCGCUGCAAUUGGGCCAACCAUAAGAAGCAGUGUGGCGCCGACAAAACAUAGCUUAAAGACUCCUGCAUUCUCCUCUGGUGGGAGCAACCUGCCCGGAGUCAAGAAACGGGAUGUACUCUACCCGGCUGGGCCACCACGCAAGGAGAAGAUGCAAGAAGACCCAGCAGAGGAUGAACAAGUGGAAGACCUUGAAGCGGCCGUAAAGAGGGCGCGAGAGGGAGCGUUUAGCUCGGAUGCAUACAUUACCGCCUCUCAAGAAGACGUAGAAGAUGAUCUCGAAGCGGCUUAUUCUCAGAAAAUUCCCAUCUCGCAGCUUGAAUUCUACGUCUUUGGUUUAUCGGCUACGAAGGGAGGCUACGAGCAGCGCAUCGAUGCACAUCUGACAGGGGUCGAGACGGCCUUUGGACCAGACGCGCGGUCGAAAGUGGCAUGGCUAAGUGAGGAUGCACGGAUGCAAGGGACUGAAGAUGAUGAAGACGAAAAGUUGGAGGUUGCGGCAGAGGUAGUUGAUUGCUUUAGAGAGUUUGUAUCGUAUUGGAAGUCGUGA